UACAAACGCGUGAACUGAGGACGAAGAUGGAGCGCGUUUGGGGGCAAGUUUUCUUGACUUUAAUAGUCUUUUCUGACACAAUCUGCCCAUCUUUGUCCUUCAAUGUCGGCACUGCAGGAGCAAAGAUUUUCAGCGGUCCGGCAGCAGAGGAGUUUGGCUACACGGUGCAACAAGCGGCAAACGGUCCGGACAAAUGGCUCCUGGUUGGUGCUCCAUGGAGCGGUUUCACUGCAAACAGGAAGGGGGAUGUUUACAAGUGUCCAGUCUCAGGAUCUAGAAACAGCUGUGACAAGCUCAACCUUCAAAAUUCCGUUAGUAUUCCAGAUGUUAAAAACGUCAACAUUAACAUGUCCCUGGGUUUGACUCUUACCUGGAUGCCAGCUGUCGGUGACUUUAUGAUGUGCGGUCCACUUUGGGGGCAGCAGUGUGGAGAUCAAAACUUUUACCCAGGAUUAUGUGCAAAACUGAACCCCCUUUUUCAACUUCAGCCUGCCUUUUCUCCUGCUGUUCAGACAUGCGGAGGGCCGAUGGACAUUGUGAUUGUGUUGGAUGGCUCAAACAGCAUUUAUCCCUGGAAACCAAUGACGGACUUUCUACUGAAGUUAAUACCCUCCUUAGACAUCGGGCCCCAAAAUACCCAGAUGAGUGUCAUUCAGUAUGGUGUUUCUCCCAAAGUUGAAUUCAAACUGAAUCAAUUUACAACCAAAGAAGCGAUGAUUGCUGCAGCGUCCAGAAUCAAUCAGAUGUAUGGCUCUUUAACAAAUACGUUUCAUGCAAUUGAAUAUGCCAGUCAAACUGGCUUCCAAGCGAUCAAUGGUGGUCGACCUGGUGCCGCCAAAGUAAUGGUGGUUGUCACUGAUGGCGAGUCCCACGAUCAGGAUUUUAGAGACACGGUGAUCUCCCAGUGUGAGAAACAAGGCAUCACCCGAUUUGGCAUUGCGGUCUUGGGCUAUUAUAUCAGAAACAACAUAGACACAGACAACCUUAUAGCAGAAAUCAAAUCCAUUGCUAGUUUUCCAACGGAGAAGUUCUUCUUCAAUGUGUCGGAGGAGGCAGCUCUUUCAACUAUAGCAGGAACUUUGGGGAACCGCAUCUUCAACAUAGAAGGUACUGGGAAAGAAGGAGAAAGCUUCCAGAUGGAGAUGUCUCAGGUUGGAUUCAGCGCUCAUUAUUCCAAACAGCAGGACGUGUUAAUGCUCGGAGCAGUGGGAGCGUACGCCUGGAGCGGGACCGUCGUCCACCAGACGGGUUCUAAAGUGACCAUUUUCCCAUUCACUGCCUUUGAGGAAUCCCUGCAAGACAGAAAUCACAGCUCAUUACUGGGUUACUCUCUAACUACUCUGAGUGAUGGGUCCACCGAGUACUUUGUGGCCGGUGCACCUCGUUCCAACCACUCUGGACAAGUUAUUGUCUACACUGUCAAAGCUGGCAAACAAGCUGCUGUUAUAGAUUCGGAGAGAGGGAAACAGAUUGGCUCGUACUUUGGGAGCGUUCUGUGCUCUCUGGACGUGGACAUCGAUGGGGUGUCAGACCUUCUUCUGGUUGGGGCGCCCAUGUACAUGAGUGACCUGAAGCGAGAAGAAGGCAGAGUCUAUGUAUUCUCUGUCACCAAGGGUAUACUGAACGAGCAGGGAUUCCUCACCGGUCCAACCCCGGCUGAAAAUGCUCGUUUUGGAAUGGCCAUCUCUGCCGUUCCUGACCUUGACCUCGACGGUUACAGCGACGUCGUGGUUGGAGCACCACUGGAGGAAAACAGAAAAGGUGUCAUUUACAUUUACAACGGGAACAAGAAGACAAUAAACAAAGAUUUCUCGCAGAGAAUCCUCGGCUCCAAACUUGAUCCUCAGCUUCAGUAUUUUGGUAGAUCUCUUGAUAGCUUCAAAGAUCUGAAUGAUGACACCAUCCCUGACAUCUCCAUCGGCGCUUAUGGCAAGGUGGUGCAGCUCUGGUCCAGAGGAGUGGCAGUCGUCACAGCUACAGCUUCCUUCAGCCCUGAUAAAAUCAACAUCUUCAACAAACUCUGCGACGUUAACGGACGCAAACAUUCGUGCUUCAACACCAACGUUUGUUUUACAGCUUCGUUCAGACCCAAGACACCCGUCGGGCCCGUCGAUGCUUCCUACACGCUGACUCUUGACGCCGACCUGCAGGAUUCACGAGUGACAUCGAGAGGACUGUUCAUAAAAAACAACGAGCGUUACCUGAAAGGGAAGGCAAAAAUCUCUUCAGUGCCCCUGUGCUUUGAAAACCAGGUGUACGUUCAGGAAACUCCGGACUUUGUGAAUUCCCUCAGUCUGAAAGUGGACGUUGAGCAGGAGAGCGCAGAUGUAAACCCAGUCCUCGACGCAUUUUCUCCAAAUGCCUAUGAAUUUUUUAUCCCCUUCACAAAAGACUGUGGCUCAGACGAGGUGUGCGUCAGUGAUCUGGUUCUGAGUGUGAAGACGAACACAAAGGUGUCCAGUUCAUCUUUUCUCGUCAGCGCUAAUAACCGAGGGCUAUCGUUCGAAGUUGCUGUGAGGAACAAAAAAGAAAACGCUUACAACACGCAAGUCUCAGCCAUGUUCUCCAGCAACCUCUACUACUCAUCCGUCUCUCCUGCAGACGCAGUCAAAUGCACAGCGACACAAAAAGAUACGGUCACUUGUCAAGUUGGUUACCCAGUAAUAAAAGAAGAUCAAGAGGUGAAAUUUCAGAUCUUAUUUGAUUACAGUUUUGAUCAGUUGCAAAGCCACGCUGUGGUCGACUUUGAGGCCAAAAGUGAUGGCAGAGAAGAAAACCCUGCAGACAACGAUAAACACGUAUCCAUUCCUUUGCAGUAUGACACAGGGAUCGUGUUGUCUAAGGAGUCAAACAUCAAUUUUUAUGUGGCAAAUAUGUCCAGUCAUGUGGUAACAACAGUGAAAACUCUGGAUGACAUCGGUCCAGAGUUUAACUUUACAGUCAAGGUUUCAACAGGUAACUUCCCUGUCAGCCUCCUGUAUCUGACCAUAGCUCUGCCAAUGAACACUACAGGUGGAAACCGGCUUCUCUACCUGACCAGUGUGGAAACACAAGCUGCAGGAUCUGUCAGCUGUGACUCCAGUCGUCUAGUCGAUCUUCUGCAGAUUGGCGACCGGAGCCAUGAAGUUUCCUUCAGAGAGGAGAGCCUCAGAGGCUUGGAGAAACUGGAUUGUAAAAGUGCAAAAUGUGAAUACAUAAAGUGCAUCCUUAAAGACACUGAAGUUAAGAGCAACUACUUGGUGAAAGUUAAAACGAGGAUCUGGAGUGGGACACUUGUUACGGCCUCCUAUCAGUCCAUCGAGCUGACCUCCAGUCUGGAUGUGGAGACCUCCAACCCAGACCUGCUCAUUAUUGGCCUCAAGCAGCAAAAUGUGGUGCUGACGGUCAGUAAACCUGGAGAAAAAGCUGACGUUCCUGUGGGGGUGAUAGCUGGCAGUGUCAUCGUCGGGCUGCUGCUGUUGGCGGCGGCUGUCGCAUUGAUGUGGAAGUUUGGGUUUUUCAAGAGAAAGUACCAGCAGCUUCAGAAGGAGGCUGAUGAGGAUGGACCGAGCCAUCCACCCAAAGAUGAAGUGCUGUGAAGAAAGAGAGACCCAGCAGCCCUCCAUCCAUCUCUGAUGUAUAUUUCCAGUAUGAAUAUUGGUGUAAAUCAAGCACAAACAGGCUGCUUCUCAGUCACUGGAAAUCAGGCACUUUAACAAAACA